CGAGAGGCUCUUCUACCUCGCUUUUCCCUUCCCGCCUGCGCGCCCGCCCUAGCUAUCAUGGCGGCUCCCUUGGCCCUGGUGCUGGUGGUGGCAGUGACCGUGCGGGCGGCCUUGUUCCGUUCCAGUCUGGCCGAGUUUAUCUCGGAGCGGGUGGAGGUGGUGUCCCCACUGAGCUCUUGGAAGAGAGUGGUUGAAGGCCUCUCACUGUUGGACUUGGGAGUGUCUCCGUAUUCUGGAGCAGUAUUUCAUGAAACUCCAUUAAUAAUAUACCUGUUUCAUUUCCUGAUUGAUUAUGCUGAAUUGGUAUUUAUGAUAACUGAUGCACUCACUGCCAUUGCCCUGUAUUUUGCAAUCCAGGACUUCAAUAAAGUUGUGUUUAAAAAGCAGAAACUCCUCCUAGAACUAGACCAGUAUGCCCCAGAUGUGGCCGAACUCAUCCGAACCCCUAUGGAAAUGCGUUAUAUCCCUCUGAAAGUGGCCCUCUUCUAUCUCUUAAAUCCCUACACGGUCUUGUCUUGUGUUGCCAAGUCUACCUGCGCCAUCAACAACACCCUCAUUGCUUUCUUCAUUUUGACCACGAUAAAAGGUAGUGCCUUCCUCAGUGCUAUCUUUCUUGCCUUAGCAACAUACCAGUCUCUUUACCCACUCACUUUGUUUGUCCCAGGACUCCUCUAUCUCCUCCAGCGGCAAUACAUACCCGUGAAAGUGAAGAGCAAAGCCUUCUGGAUCUUCUCUUGGGAGUAUGCUACGAUGUACUUGGGAAGCCUGGUGGUAAUUGUUUGCCUCUCCUUCUUCCUUCUCAGUUCCUGGGAUUUCAUCCCUGCAGUCUAUGGCUUCAUACUUUCCGUUCCAGAUCUUACUCCAAACAUUGGCCUCUUCUGGUACUUCUUUGCAGAGAUGUUUGAGCACUUCAGCCUCUUCUUUGUAUGUGUGUUUCAGAUCAACGUCUUCUUCUACACCAUCCCCUUAGCCAUAAAGCUAAAGGAGCACCCUAUCUUCUUCAUGUUCAUCCAGAUUGCCAUCAUCUCCAUCUUCAAGUCCUACCCAACAGUGGGGGAUGUGGCCCUCUACAUGGCCUUCUUCCCUGUGUGGAACCACCUCUACAGAUUCCUGCGAAACAUAUUUGUCCUCACCUGCAUCAUCAUCGUCUGCUCCCUGCUCUUCCCUGUCCUGUGGCACCUCUGGAUUUAUGCAGGAAGUGCCAACUCCAAUUUCUUUUAUGCCAUCACACUGACCUUCAACGUUGGGCAGGUCAUGCUUGUAAGAGGUAAAGCCGGAAAAACAGAUGCUGUGCCUGCUGCAGUCUAUUUUCGCUGACAGAAUCAGAGACCUCAUCAUUGGUUGGAGAUGCAUUAGACAGUGAUUAAAUUGAUAAACAGUGUAUGUAUGUUUUUGGAAUAAAUGACUCUGAAGUUAUCCUAGGUUCUUAUUUGUGACUGACCUGCUCUGUCCCCACCCCUCCAAGGGAGUGUCCCCAGGAGACUGUGGGCCCCUGUGACUGGCUCUAUGGGUCUCUCCUUCACAUCCUUCCAAGCAGCUCAACUGGACCCGAACAGGCCUGGGAACAGAACCAAUAUUGCUCUGCUGCAAGGAGUGGUUGACCGCCAUCAAAUACCUCAGAAUUCUGCACCCAGCCUCCUCGGCACCUGUGUUGCAAAGCCCAGGGGCAGUCAAUGUCCCAACCUCCCCACUGCCCUCUUUCAUCCAGGCCCCCAGUCACAAUCCUAUCACCUCCUGCCUUAAAAAACCUCUGCUUAGAGGGUCAA